GCCUCUUUCGCCGGACACGUCGCAGUUCCUUCAACCGUCACCCUCUACAGCACCAAGGAGGUUACCAUUACCAGCUGUGCCGCAGAUGUGACUAACUGCCCCGCCAAGGUUUCGACCACUCUCUUCCCUACUGCCAUCACAGUCACUAGCGUUUGCCCCGAGACCACCUCGGCCCCCGUCACCGUCCCUUCGACCAUGUUCUACUACAGCACUGCCGUCGUCACUGUGACUAGCUGCGCCGAGGGUGUUGAGAACUGCCCCGCGCGUUCGACUGUUGUCAAGACUUCCAACUCGGCUCCCGUCGCCUCGGUCCCUGUCUCUUCUGCUCCUGUCGCUGCCGUCCCUACCACCGCUCCUUUCGCCGUUAACAACAGCACUAUGAUGUCUGUCGGUCCUACUGGAACUGGUAUGGUCGGUACUGGCUCUGGCAGCAAGGCCACCUCCACCUUCUCGCCUUCUCAGUACACCGGAGCCGCCAACAAGGCCGGUGUUGCUGGUCUGGCUGGUGUCGCUGCUUUCGCCGCUUUCCUUCUGUAA